ACUCCUCGCCUAGCUACCAGAAAGCGUCGCUCUGUGGUCGCUACGGAGAGAGGGAUGGGUCUGUUCUACUUUAAAAGACAUUUUGUUCAGUUUCCCAUGCUGUUUUAAGUACUUUCUACGAUGGCAGUUUUUUGGAAACGCUUUUCGGUCGUUGCAACAACUCCCCUACCAAGUUUCAACGUCUUUAUAUCCACGUUUCGGCGCCACUAGUGCGUUGUUUUUAUCCUGGCAUGACCGAUAAAGAUUAGUUAGCAUGUUAGCGAGCUAGCUGCAAAACCUCAGCAUCACUCAGCGACCACGCCUGCUAGUAACAGCGUGCCUGUAGGUUCCUAGGCAGACAUGGGGAAACUACAGAGCAAGUUUCGCAGGAGGUCAGAGCUCUACAGGGCAUCUGAGGGGGAGAAGACAGAUAAUAGCAUUGACAGUCAGGUAGUUCAGUAUGAACCUGCCCAUCAAGGAUCCAUCAACACUGUGAUCAGUCUGAGUCCAGAAUUCUGUGUUUCUGGAGGGAGUGACCAGGCCGUUGUAGUGUAUGACUGGACACAAGGCCGGAUGUGUCAGUCCUUCCAGGGUCACAACCGGGAGGUUACCAAGGUGGUGUGUUAUCCGGGUAGUACGUGGAUCUUCAGUGCCUCACGGGACAAGACUGUUCUGAUGUGGGAUCUAAACCAGGGGGAUGAACCUAUUCAGGAGUUUUGUGGACAUGAGUUGGUGGUCAAUGGACUAGCUAUCAGCCCUGAUGGGACAAAACUGUGCAGUGGUUCUCGUGACAACUGGAUGUGCCUGUGGGAUAUAGAAUCUGCAAAAUGUGAACAGAGGCACAACAUUUCCAGAAACCUGGUGACUCAUGUGUGCUGGGUGCCAGGCAGCUCCUCAAUAGCACAGACCUCGGAGGAUAAGACCAUAAGGAUUUGGGACAGCCGUACAUGGCAAGUGACCAAUACUUUUCCAGCUAAGCAAUACAUCCAGACCCACUGUGACGUGUCUCCAAAUGGACACUACUUGGUGUCUAGCAGUAAUGGUUUUGGAGGCCAGGGCUGUGAAGCCACGCUAUGGGACCUCCGUCAGCCUGGGUGUAAGGUUGUGGAAUACAGAGGCCAUCUCCAGACGACCGCCUGCUGUGUGUUUCUGCCUACAGGUCCUGCUGGCUCAGCUCAGGUGGCAACAUCCUCCCAUGACAGCUCAAUCAAAAUCUGGGACCAGAACACAGCAGUGUGUUUAGGGACUCUGUCUCUGGAUGGUGCUGGUCCUCUGGUUUCUCUUGCUCCCAGCGACCACAUCAAUCUCCUCUGUGCCAGCUUCAACAAUGGACUUCACCAUCUCCAGCUGGGGCAGGGAUCGAACCAGGCUCAGAGUUCUGGAGCAGGUUCAGGUGGAGCUGGUGGUGUGGACAUCAAAGUUGUGUCUCGUUUUUAACAUCCCAGAGGAGCCUGGUGUGACCCCGUCUGACCUGACCAAAUCUAUGAACCACUGAAGCUCAGGGAGCAGUGUCACUGGUUGUGAACAUUAAUUCUGUGUUAUUUCUUUCUUUUCUUUUUUUUUUUUUUUUUUUUUAACUUGCAUUAUUUUGCUUAACCCUGACUGCCAUACAGUGAAGAAUGACUCAAGUUAUUAUUGAGAAAAGGUAGGUACAGUGAUAAUUUGUAUUAGGAUGCACUUUUGUCCAACAGUGACACCUGGAGCUCAUUGUGUGAUAUAUUGGGAAAACUGAUCCCUAUGUUAACUGAUGAGGUUUUGAGCACCAAAAUGAUCAUGACUGAAGUGCUGCCUUCUUCAACCGAGCCAGAUGAAUGGGGGAUUUCACUAACUCAGCUGGAAGGAGCUGACAAGAUCCUUCAUGCACCUGUAGUUGCUUUUAUGGCAUUUAGGUGGAGUGGUAGUCAAAGUGUAAAAGCACUUGAGUAUUAACAAUUGAUUCCUUUAUUAGGAGAAAUAUAGAAUUUUAUAUUAAAAUAAAAAUAUCUGGUUUUCUUUUUCUGCAUAUAAUUUAGAAGUCAGGGAUUCAGUCUUGUUUAACAAGCACUUUGUGGACAGUUAUUUUUGUUAAAAAGUAACAUCUUUCUGAUUAUGUGUAUGUAUGUGAUGUAUUAACGAGUUGACACUGUAGAUUGAACCUGUGAAGUGUUAGACCAAAUGAUUACUGACAACACAACUGUGUGAUGCUUUUAUAGAGCUGUUUAUAGGUUUUUCAAGAUGCAGAUUUUGAUAUUUUUGAAGUUAUAUUACAGAUAGCUGAUGUUUUGUGCCGAUAUCCAAGAAUUUAAAAUAUAAUAUCACUAUGCAAUGUAAGUACCAGAGUAUUUUACUUUUUAAUAAAAUUAUUAUUUCAACAAAUUAAAAGGAUUAAAAAUUAUUUCGGCUGUGAAAUAAAUCUACUCUGCUCAACA